CGCCUGAAAGAGCUCCAGCGCAUGGUCAUAGUGCAUGGUCUGCCCAUGGAGUCGGACGACGAGGCGUCCGGCGUCGAGCCAUCGACGCUGCGCGGGCGCGUCUGGAAAGUGCUCCUCGGCCUCGACGACGAUGCGAGCGAGCGCAAGCAGAGCUACCGGCGCUUCGUGGCCUUGGGCCCGAGCAAGAACGACGACGACAUUCGCAACGACACGUUCCGAACGUUCCGAGGCGACCCGAGCUUUGCGCGGCGCGUGCCUGAAGACACGCUCGCGCGGCUCCUCAACGCCUUCCUCCACGAAUAUGGCGCGGUCAUGGACGAUGGGCGCGACGAGGCCGACCAGCCGUACCGGUAUUUCCAAGGCCUCAACAUCCUCUGCGCGCCCUUCCUGUACGUGCUGCCAGAGGACGACGCGUACAUGGCCUUUACGGCGCUCGUGACGCAGCACUGUCCGCGGUACGUUGCGCCACAGCUCGCAGGUGUUCACGUCGCCUGCGGCCUCGUCGACCGCUGCCUCCAAACGCUGGACUACAAGCUGUACAAGCACUUGGUGACGAGAGGCAUUACGGCCAAGAUCUACGCCUACCCGAUCGUCCUUAGCUUCUUUGCGUGCAUCCCGCCGCUGCCCGAGCUUCUGCACGUAUGGGACACGCUCUUGGCCAUGGGCGUGCACUUUAUCGUCCUUCUCAGCGCAGCCCAUGUCAUCCUCCUCCGCACCGAGCUCCUGACCACGUCUGUGCCCCACCUCUCGAGUUGCCUCAAUUUGCGCGAGUCGCCGCCGCUCAAUGCCAAGCGUCUCGUGUACGUAGCGCUCCAGCUGCUGCAGCGCCUGCCUGAAGAGCUCUACUGCGAGAUCGCGCGGCAUCCAUUCGAACGGCCCGACACGUUUGCGAGCAUUUGCCUGCCGCCGGCGACGCUUGACAUCGUGCUUGAGAAGGUCAAGCGCCGGAAAAAGUCGUCGGCGGUUCGGCGCGCGGGCGACGUCAAGCCACCGUGGAAGCUGUAG